CUUUUGGUCUGUGCAUAAGAACGGGCGUUUAGAUGAAGGGAAAUAGAGAGAGAGAGAGAGAGAUGGGCAAUGAAAUGGAAUGGCUAUCAACGUCAACUGUGAUAGAAAGAGCAAAAGAGGAACUGGAAAUUUUGGAAACUCACCAUCCCAAUGGCUUUCACUAUUUGAAGUCGGAGCUCAAGAUUUUCAUUUCCAGUUUCGACUCUCACAACUUCUCUCCUCUUCCUCUAUGUGAUACUGAUACUGCUCCUCUGCCUACUACUUCCUCUGCUCUCACUCAAGAGUCAUCAACCAGCAAAAAGAGAAAGGCAAACAGGCUGACGAUCAAUGAAGAUGCUGAUGAAACUGCGAUGCCCAAGAUUCAGAAGGUUGGCUCUAGUGGUUACACAAAAAAGAUUGAUGCAGUCCUUGAGAGAGCUCAACAAUGUAUCCAUAAAAUUCGACGAUUCAAGGCCACUUUAUAAGAGUUUGGAAUAAAAUAUUACUCUUAUGCACUGCACAAUGUAAAGCCAACUACUUCCUUCUAUUUGAGCAUACAUUAGAAGAAGCCAUAGGCAGAAAAAACAAACGACUCAUGUUCUGUUUACACAGAAGAAGACAGCAUAAAAUACCAAUUUGGGAAAUGCCAGGUUGUCUCAAAAUUUUA